AUGAGUAACAUCCACAGGAGGGCGAACGCACGCGUUGGGUCCAAGAACAGCAAUGUGGACAACGGGGUGCUCCAGAAGGAACUGCUGGAAGAGCAGAAGCAGGAGAUCUACGAGGCGUUCUCGCUGUUCGACAUGAACAACGACGGGUACCUGGACUUCCACGAGUUCAAGGUGGCGCUGCGCGCGCUAGGCUUCGAGAUGGACAAGCGCGACAUUCUCGAGAUCAUCGACAAGUACGACACUGACGGGCGGCGGCUGAUCUCGUACGACGACUUCUACCUGGUCGUUGGCGAGAUGAUCCUCCAGCGCGAUCCGCUGGAUGAGAUCAAGCGGGCGUUCAAGCUUUUCGACGACGACCAUACAGGCAAGAUCAGCAUCAAGAACCUCAAGCGCGUAGUCAAAGAGCUCGGCGAGAACCUGACGGACCAGGAGCUGGCCGCCAUGAUAGACGAGUUUGAUCUGGAUGGCGACGGAGAGAUCAACGAGGAGGAAUUUAUUGCUAUCUGCACGGACAACUAA